AUGCAAUAUACUGAAACGCAAAAUAUAAAAGCUACACCAAAUAAUGGAAAUGAAGAAAAUGUGUACGAAAAAGACACACACAAUAACUCAUCACAAGAUAAUAAUUAUGAUGAAUCUACACAAAAUUUAGGAAAAACAAAUAAUGUAGGAGGAUAUUAUACAGUUACGCAUGAAAAUAAUCCAUCACUUGAUGCAAAUAAUAUUCAAUAUACUGCACCUGGUAUUAAUGAGUCAGGAAUACAAGUAGAUCCAACAACUAUGCAAGCAGCUGCAGCUAUAAAUCAAAGUUUAAUGUUUCAAAAUAAUGGAGCCCCCAUAGAUUAUCCUAACUAUCAUAUGUUUAAUGGGAUGAACACAAUGUAUGGAGGGAUACCUCAGUAUUACGGGGGUAUGCAUAUGCCAAUGAAUCCGUAUUAUGAUCCAUAUGGAAUUAUAAAUCCUUUAUCUUGUGCUCCUCUUAAUAUAGAAAAGACAAAGAAAAAAACAAAAAAAUUUUAUUGUUGCUAA